UACUCUUUGUGACAGGUCGGGUGUUCGAGUAUUUUUUGCUUGAACUUUUUAAAAAUAUGUAAAAGGGCUGCUCUCGAAUUUUAGAGCCCUAAAAGCCCAACAAUAUUCGGAAACGCUACGCCGCUGCUCACCGGAGAGCACACCAGUUCUAGAUAGAGAAACUACGGUGGAGAUGGACAUGGACCUGGACGACGACCUCGACGGUCCGAAACCCGCUCCGUCGCGAGCCAACAGAUUCGCCCCCAAAAACUCCAAAUUCAAACCAAAACCAAUACCCAAACAAGAACCCUCAUCAACAUCCGAACCAUCACCAUCACAACCCCAAGAAUCAGAUUCCAUUCCUGUGAAGAAAAACGAAGAAUCAGAUUCGCUACCAACACCAUUUGUCGAUUCCGCCACCGCCAAGGCGGAACCCUCGCGUCCCUCCGACGCAGCCACCACCGCCGCGGAAAUGGACGUCGAUGGCGAAGGACCGAAGGCGGAGCCAAUUGCGGAAGACGACGCUGAAGAUCAAGUUGUUCGAGAGAUCGACGUCUUCUUCACUCCUGCCACUGAUACCAACACACAGCUCUAUGUUCUGCAAUAUCCUCUCAGGCCAUGUUGGCGUCCGUACGAAUUGGACCAACGGUGUGAAGAGGUUAGGGUGAAACCUACAAGCACUGAAGUUGAGGUUGAUUUGAAGGUUGAGGUUGAUUCCAAGAAUUACGAUCCUGAUUCUAGAAUGAGGAUGGCAAAGCAGACUUUGUCAACUUCAUGGAAGCCAACUCGUACAACUGGCUAUGCUGUUGGAGUUCUAAUGGGCAAUAAGUUACACCUCAAUCCUAUUCAUGCAGUUGUGCAGCUUCGACCAUCUAUGGAACAUCUCAAAUCUGGUGUCUCAAAGAGGAAGACCAAUGUUGCAAGCAAUAUGGAAGCUACAGUUAGAUCUGAAGAUCUUGUUGAAGAAAAAUCUGUAGGACCAUCUAAGAAACAGAGCAGGCAACCAGGAAAUGUAAAUGAACAAAAUAAGGAUAUUGAAGAGUGUUGGAUUCCACUCAGAUACCAUGAUUCCCAGAGCAGCUUCUCAGCCAGAUAUCUACAAAAAAUGGUGGCCCAUGAAAGCUCUCCAAUAAAAUUUUCAAUGAGCCCGUACGAUUAUGUUAAUUCAUUGUGUCCGGGCACAUCUAAUGUCAGCAUUGGACCUAAAGGCCCUUCUAGAAGGUCGUUGCUUACAUUGCCACUGGAAGAGCGUUAUAAGAUAUGGCUUCGUGAGGGGCCUCCGAUUAAUCGAUUUGACACUCUUAAGCACUUAGCUCCUUCUGAUUCGAUUGAAGAUGUUCUAGGAGUCCUCCGGAAAUAUGCUCAAUUAGUGCAAGGACUCUGGGUUCCGAAAAGUUCACUGCUAUAUGAAGGUGGUCGAGGAGUUGAAGCUUUAGCUAGAGAUUACAUUCUUCUUUUGUUUAGAAAGAAUCCUAUAAUCAGUCAUGGACAAGUAAAUGCAUCCGGUGCUCUUAGCAAAGCUUCAAAGAGUGUGCUGAAUGUGUUAGCUGUUGAGAGACCUUCACUCAAUAAUUGGAAGUUUAAAGAACCUCAAGAUAUGUCAUUUAUAAAACUUUACCCUGACAUCGUCAAGGAGCAAGAACAAGUUUGGGAACGUAUGGAAAUACCAGUAAAUAGUAAGUAUCUUGAAGGCGGGAAGAGUGGGCCGGGUAUGAGGAACUCUUCAAAACCUGAUAUGGCCAGUAGGCCUCCUGCAUCAAAGAAUCCUAAUGUAGUUGCAGCAAAAUCUUCAAAUGGAGCACUUUCCCGGACACCAAUGUCAGUUGAAACUCGAGAAGCUCUACCAAAGGCCCUACAGAAAGUUUUCCAAACUCAGAAGGUUUGCAGCUUUCCACAGAUUUGCCAACGUUUGCGGGAAAUGGCUGUUUCUGAAUCUAGUCGUCCCAAAGGAGUUCCUAGAGAAGCAAUAGCUGCAGCAAAUGGUGUUGAUGCUCCUCAGGAGGAGCUCAUGGAAAUCAUUAAACAAGUUGCUACAAAUAUCCAUGGUGUCUAUGUUUCGAAGUCAUCCCCAGAUCAUCCCCAAUAUGAUGAGUUGAGGAAUAUUGUCAUUAACCUUCUUAUUGCUGAAGGACCUGACGCAAAGCUUAAAAAGGCUUCUAUUGUUGAAGCUGCCAAGUUGCAACUUAAAAGGAAUAUCACUUCUAAUGAAUAUCAAAAGGUCUUAAAUGAAUUAUGCGUGUCGCAUGGCUCUGCUUGGGUCUUAAAAAGUGGUGAUGGGAAUCCCAAAUGAUGUAUAUAUGUUCAUCUUCAGUUGGCAAAUUAUAUAGUUUAAAGGUACUAAAGAAAGGCAUUACCGCCCCUGAUUAAAAUUUUCCAGUGUCCAAUAUCAUAGUUCAACCAGAUGCAAUUUGUACAUCAAGCUGCUGCUUUUCAAGAGUCGAUGUUUGCCUGUGCAUGAGAUUCACCCACAUGGUUGAAACCAUUUAGGAUGACCACUUUUGCUCGCCAAAUGCCAAUUAAGAGAAAUCAAUGUUGCGAAGAGCAGUUGUUUUUCAGGUGAAGCGAUUUAAGUACAUAAAAUUUAUAUUUGCAAGUACAAAUAGAGAUGCAUAAAUGAAUUGGUACUGGAUGGGAAGGUUUUUGGGAAUUUGAGGGCUUCAGAAUUGUGAUAUAUGUCUCUCUAUAUGCAUGUAUGUAUCGUUUCUGAAAGUUUUCAGAUAAAUAAGAAUUGAGGACUCGCUUGUUACAGAAUUUCAUCUACUGUUAAGACUACUGUCGGUAUCAAUAAGAGGACUGUUUUCUGUUUCUCU